AUGUCCUCCCACACCACCCUCGCAGCAGCAACCGACGACCGCAAAGCCCGGCUCGCAAAACUCAAAUCCCUAAAACGCAAACAACCCUCACCCUCCGCAUCAGACGAAGCCCCUUCCCCUUCCCGCUCCCAAUCCCCCCCAACAAAACAAGUCUCCCACCUCCACCUCUCCGGCCGCAACUACGACCCCGAAACCAAAGGCCCCAAACUCGGCUUCGAAGCCCCCCCCACCCUCUCCCUCGAGGCACCCACCCUCGAAGAACAAGCAGCAGACCUCCAAGACGAAGUAAACCGCCAAGCCGCCAUCGACGCAGCCCAGGCGGCAGAAAAGGGCAUCGACCUCUUCAAGCUCCAACCCAAAAAACCAAACUGGGAUCUGAAGAGAGAGUUGAACGCCAAGAUGGAGGUGCUGAAUGUGAGGACGGAUAAUGCCAUUGCGAGGAUGGUCAGAGAACGAUUAGCCGAAAAGAAGAAGGUUGCCGAGGAGAGUCACAGGGGAAGCAAGGAAAGUGAGGAUAAGGAGGCGGAUGGGAUGCUGGACGGGGCGGCGAUUGUGGAGGGGAUUAAACUACGUGAACGGGAGGAAGAGGAAGAGGCCAGGAGAGAAAAGGAGGCCGAGGAUGAGGAGUUGGGGUUGGCCCGACGGUUUGAUGAGCAAGACGAAAUUGUUGCUUGA